AUGGCGCACUAUAAUUUCAAGAAGAUUACGGUGGACUUCAUUGAUCUCACAUUAUCGAAGACUCAACGAAAGACUCCAACAGUGAUUCAACAUUACCAAAUCCAUCGCAUUAGACAUUUUUAUAUGAGAAAAGUCAAAUUUACUCAACAGAAUUACCAUGAUAGACUCUCACAGAUUCUAAUGGAUUUCCCCAAAUUGGAUGACAUCCAUCCAUUUUAUGCUGAUUUGAUGAAUAUACUCUAUGAUAAGGAUCAUUACAAGUUGGCUCUAGGACAAAUAAAUAUUGCCAAAAAUUUAGUGGACAAUGUUGCUAAAGAUUAUGUGCGACUUAUGAAAUACGGUGAUUCUCUCUACCGCUGCAAGCAACUGAAGCGAGCUGCCUUGGGGAUGUGCACUAUUAUCAAGAGACAGAGGCAGAGUUUGGAAUAUUUGGAACAAGUGCGACAACAUUUGUCUCGCUUGCCAACUAUUGACCCAAAUACAAGGACUCUGCUUUUGUGUGGGUAUCCAAAUGUUGGAAAAUCCAGCUUUAUUAAUAAGGUGACAAGAGCAGAUGUGGAUGUUCAGCCCUAUGCGUUUACCACCAAGUCUUUUGUCGGGCACAUGGAUUACAAGUAUCUGCGUUGGCAGGUAGUAGAUACUCCAGGGAUUUUGGAUCAUCCUUUGGAGGAUCGGAACACCAUCGAAAUGCAGGCCAUCACAGCCCUGGCCCACCUUCGAGCUGCGGUCCUGUAUGUGAUGGAUUUGUCUGAGCAGUGUGGACAUGGGUUGAAGGAGCAAUUAGAGCUCUUCCAGAAUAUUAGACCUCUCUUUAUCAACAAGCCUCUUAUAGUCGUAGCAAACAAAUGCGAUGUGAAGCGAAUAGCUGAACUUUCUGAAGAGGAUCAGAAAAUAUUUAUAGAUUUGCAGGCUGAAGGAUUCCCUGUAAUAGAGACCAGCACCCUGACUGAGGAAGGUGUUAUUCAAGUUAAAACAGAGGCUUGUGAUAGGCUUUUGGCUCAUCGAGUGGAAACCAAAAUGAAAGGAAAUAAAGUGAAUGAAGUGCUGAACAGAUUGCAUUUAGCUGUGCCAAACAAAAGAGACGAUAAGGAAAGGCCUCCUUUCAUUCCAGAAGGAGUGGUGGCACGUAGGAAGAGGAUGGAAAUUGAGGAGCCCAAGAAGAAAAGGGAACGAGAUCUUGAACUGGAAAUGGGAGAUGAUUAUAUUUUGGAUCUUCAAAAAUAUUGGGAUUUAAUGAAUUCGUCUGAGAAGUAUGAUAAGAUACCAGAGAUCUGGGAAGGCCAUAAUGUCGCUGAUUAUAUUGAUCCUGCUAUCAUGAAGAAACUGGAAGAGUUAGAAAAGGAAGAAGAGCUCAGAACAGCUGCUGGGGAAUAUGACAGCGAGUCUGAAAGUGAAGAUGAGGAAAUGGUGGAGAUCCGACAGCUGGCAAAACAGAUUAGAGAAAAAAAGAAGUUGAAAAUUCUGCAAUCUAAAGAAAAGAAUACACAAGGACCCAGGAUACCUCGAACUGCUAAGAAGGUUCAGCGGACAGAUUUGGAGAAUGAGAUGCGUAGUCUUGGCAUUGACAUGGAUGAUAAAGACAAUGUAGGUGUGCAGGGAUGAUUUCCGAACAGUCCUUUACUUAACAGUGGGGUCAUAUUCUGAGACAACUAUCUUUGGUGAUUUUGUCACGCAGACAUCUAGGCUAUGUGGUGUGUGUGUUCAUGUUUCAUGUAUGUAUGAUAUAACCUAUUGCUUUUAGGGCCAUUGAACAAAACCACAUGAGAACAAAUCAACCACAAAAGAACAUGAUGUAGUAAAGACAUUGUGUAUGAGAUUGUAUGUGAGAUACUUGAGGCUGCUGAUGUGACAGCAUUCUGAUGUACAGUAAACCUUUUGUU